UACACCGAGUGGCGGCAACUCGAGAUUUCAAUUCUUCUUUCUCCGUCUCUUCGUACUCGGCUGUUUCGAACGGCGUCGACGAAAGCUUUGAAUCCUGCUGCCGAAAACGAGAAAAAUUCACAAUUCUCAACUUACCGUUGAAACUACUUUGCCGUGUCCAGACAGUGACGUCUUUCCAAAUCCAAAGCAGCAACUUGCUUCCAUGCGUAAUAAAUGGAUAUGGCUUCUACUCUUGUUCGCGGCGGUGUCAUGACAACGCGCCAACCGUUAUUCGUUUUGUGCUUUGCGCGUACUCGUAUUGCCAAGUACCCACUUACCCGGAACCAUCGAUAGCGAUAUUAUAAAGCGAAGAAAAACUAUUAUUCGAACGCAACGGAGAUUUUCGACGGUGGACAUGAAAGAGCUUGAACUAUGCGGGGUGAUAGCAUUCGACGGUUCCAUAAGAAACGGUUUGCGAUUGCAUCCGGACGGAGAGCAUCUCGUGUAUCCGAUGGGUAACAAAGUUACUAUAAGAAGCUUGAAAACUGGCAAACAGGCGUUUCUCGCUGGCCACGGAAAUCUCAUAUCCGCUCUGUGUAUUUCGCUACGUGGAAAUUUCUUAGCUUCCGGCCAAGUAACCCACCACGGUUUCAAGGCAAUGGUCAUAAUAUGGGAUUACGAGAAUCGUAAAAUGAAAGGUAGUUACGAUAUGCACAAAGUAAGGGUCGAGGACGUUUGUUUCACACAGGACGAACGAUAUCUGAUUAGCCUGGGGGGUAGGGACGACGGAAGUAUCGUGGUGUGGGAUGUUUUAAAUGGAAAUCCCCUUUGUGGUACUUUCGCCAGCAAAGAAAUGUCCGGAAGCGCUCUGACGAUAGCAGCCACACGCGCUCCAAGCCCGAGUUUUGUCACUGCCGGAGAAGGAACGUUCAGGGUUUGGCUGAUGGAUCCGAAAAAAAGGAAACUCGCAGGAAUCGACGUCAAGUUUGGAAAGAUCAGACGCGACGUCAACUGCGUUGUUCUAGACGAUAAAGACGAAUACAUCUAUUGCGGAACGACUUCCGGAGAUAUCGUGAAAGCAAGGUUGAACAUGUCGCAAACGAAAGAUGAAUCGGUCGCGUAUCCCAUCAUGAUCGGAUGCUAUUCAAAGAUACCGCGUGCAGCGAAAGCAAAGAAAACUCGUACAACUGGAGCGGUAUACGCUGGCGGCGUCAAGAAUUUAUUGCUUUUGGGACACGGAGAAAUGAUAGUGGGCGCCGGAGACGGAACAGUCGAGUCCAUAGAGAUAGCGGAAAGCGAUGCGGCGUCCGGGAGAAACGGAUCCGAGAAACUUUUGGUUCUGCCAUGUAUCGUAACGCAUCGAACAGGGCACGUUGGCGGUACGGUGACAUCCAUGGUCAGCUGCAAAAAUCAUUUCAUACUGGUAGGAACCAGCCAAUGCGAAAUUUAUGAAAUUCAACUGGCGAGCUUUCGAACGCGUUUGAUCGUCACGUGUCAUACCAGUUCGAUCUACGGUCUUGCUUUUCCACGCGAUCGUUCGGAGAUAUUUGCGACGACUGGCAAACACGACAUUCGAGUGUGGAGACUGGAAACGCAAAAGGAACUGCUUCGAAUCACUGUGCCAAAUUUUCUUUGUUCCAAUCUGUGUUUCAAUCGGAACAGCGCCAUCAUAAUAUCCGCUUGGGACGACGGCGCGAUACGAGGAUUCGCAUUGAACGGUGGGAAUAUGUUAUUCGCCAUUAAUCGAGCGCACACCAAGUCCGUAUCGGCGAUCACGAUUACAAAUGACGAUUGUAAAAUCGUUAGCGGCGGUUGCGAUGGACAGGUUCGAGUAUGGAAUGCCAAAUCCGAUACGCGACAACUGCUAUUCGUUCUGAAGCAACACAGAGGUCCGAUAACUUCGUUGCAGGUCUCGUCGGACGAUCAACAUUUGAUCAGUUCGAGCACAGACGGCACGUGCAUCGUAUGGGAUGCGAGGAAUUUCAGGAGAAAGUUGGCAUUACAGGCAAAUACGAUGCACAUGGCGACGUGUUUCGUGCCUACCGGUGUACAAGUACUGACGUGUGGUACCGAUCGGAAAAUCGCUUAUUGGGAAACUUUGGACGGCUCGUUGGUUCGGGAAGUGGAAGGUUCGACGACUGGCACGGUAAACGCUAUAGCCGUCGACAGCAGCGGACGAUAUUUUCUUACCGGUUCGGAUGACUGUAUCGUCAAAUUAUGGGAGUAUCGUACGGCAACUGUAGUCGGAUUGGGUCUUGCUCACGCAGCUCCCAUUAGCGGUUGCGCUUUUUCGCCGGACGGUGAAUUUAUGGUCACCGUAAGCACGGACGGAGGUACGAUGAUCUGGAAACGGCCAAUCGAACCGCAAACCGAGUUGAACGAUGCGAAACUCGGUUGAACAAUCAAUCGAAGAAUCGCGUAUCCGAAACUAUGCCUUGGAUUCUUUUAAUAACCUGGCCAACACUUACCAAUCGUCCAUCCCUCUUUCUAUUUAUAUUCCUCGUGGAUGAAUCCGAUCUAUGGAUAAAUUACAUCGAGUAAACACUCGCAAAGAGUUUCGAAAAAAUUCACUUAUUCGCUUAUUCGUAUUUACAACAUCUCGUUCGAUGGAUUGGAUACUACUACAAGUUACGGUAUUUAUGUGGAUAAUACUCGUGAGAUAUUUUAUUACGCUUAUCAAGGAAAUAUAAAUUACGUUUGUACGUUCAUCCCCAGGCUUGACUUUUACAGUAGUGAAGUAUCAAUUUUCCAUCUGCGCCGUAACAGUCGUAUAAAUUCUUAACCACUUGAUCGGGUGCCGGGGCGAAAGUCUGAUUUACGUACAGGAAC